CGCCUGGCUGGGCCCUGUGGGGCGGGAGGGAAGCUGCGCCGGAGCGAGCACCGCGGCCGUCGCCCGGAGCCCAGCCGCGCCGCCCGCCGUCCUCCAGCCUGCUCAGCGCCGCUUCGCGCCGGCCCGCUCGUUCGCGCUCCAGUUGCCGUGUCCUGCAGCGGGGGCCCAGCAUGGUCAUGGCGGAUGGCCCGAGGCACUUGCAGCGCGGGCCGGUCCGGGUGGGGUUCUACGACAUCGAGGGCACGCUGGGCAAGGGCAACUUCGCCGUGGUGAAGCUGGGGCGGCACCGGAUCACCAAGACGGAGGUGGCUAUAAAAAUAAUAGAUAAAUCUCAACUGGAUGCGGUAAACCUUGAGAAAAUCUACCGAGAAGUACAAAUAAUGAAACUGCUCGACCAUCCUCACAUAAUCAAACUUUAUCAGGUAAUGGAGACCAAAAGUAUGUUAUACCUUGUGACAGAGUAUGCCAAAAACGGAGAAAUUUUUGAUUAUCUUGCUAAUCAUGGCCGGUUAAAUGAAUCUGAAGCUAGGAGAAAAUUCUGGCAAAUUCUGUCUGCUGUUGAUUACUGCCAUGGCCGGAAAAUUGUACAUCGUGACCUGAAGGCUGAAAAUCUCCUGCUGGAUAACAACAUGAAUAUCAAAAUAGCAGAUUUCGGUUUUGGAAAUUUCUUUAAAACUGGUGAACUGCUGGCAACAUGGUGUGGCAGCCCCCCUUAUGCAGCCCCAGAAGUCUUUGAAGGGCAGCAAUAUGAAGGACCACAGCUGGACAUAUGGAGCAUGGGAGUUGUUCUUUAUGUCCUUGUCUGUGGAGCUCUGCCUUUUGAUGGACCAACUCUCCCUAUUUUGAGGCAGAGGGUUUUGGAAGGAAGAUUCCGGAUUCCAUAUUUCAUGUCAGAAGAUUGUGAACAUCUUAUUAGAAGGAUGUUGGUCCUAGAUCCUUCCAAACGGCUAAGCAUAGCUCAAAUCAAGGAGCAUAAGUGGAUGCUCAUAGAAGUUCCUGUUCAGAGACCUAUUCUCUAUCCACAAGAACAAGAAAACGAGCCAUCUAUCGGGGAAUUUAAUGAACAGGUUCUGCGAUUGAUGCACAGCCUUGGAAUUGAUCAGCAGAAGACUAUUGAGUCUUUGCAAAACAAGAGCUAUAAUCACUUUGCUGCCAUUUAUUUCUUGUUGGUGGAACGUCUGAAAUCACAUAGGAGCAGUUUUCCUGUGGAGCAGAGACUUGAUGGCCGCCAGCGCCGGCCUAGCACCAUUGCGGAACAAACAGUUGCCAAGGCACAAACUGUGGGGCUCCCAGUGACCUUGCAUUCACCGAACGUGAGACUGAUGCGAUCUACCCUCCUCCCACAGGCAUCCAAUGUGGAGGCCUUUUCAUUCCCAACAUCCAGCUGUCAAGCAGAGGCUGCCUUUAUGGAGGAAGAGUGUGUCGAUACUCCUAAGGUGAAUGGCUGUCUGCUUGACCCUGUGCCCCCUGUCCUGGUGAGGAAGGGAUGCCAGUCACUACCCAGCAAUAUGAUGGAGACCUCUAUUGAUGAAGGGUUGGAGACGGAAGGAGAGGCUGAGGAAGACCCCAGUCAGGCCUUUGAAGCUUUCCAGGCCACACGAAGUGGGCAGCGACGGCACACUCUGUCAGAAGUGACUAACCAAUUGGUUGUGAUGCCUGGGGCAGGGAAAAUUUUCUCUAUGAAUGACAGCCCCUCCCUUGACAGUGUAGACUCUGAGUAUGAUAUGGGAUCUGCCCAGAGGGACUUGAACUUUCUGGAAGACAGCCCUUCCCUGAAGGACAUCAUGUUAGCUAAUCAGCAUUCACCCCGCAUAACAUCUCCUUUCAUAAGCCUCAGACCUACCAACCCAGCCAUGCAGGCUCUGAGCUCACAGAAACGUGAGGUCCACAAUCGGUCCCCUGUGAGCUUCCGAGAAGGCCGCAGAGCAUCAGACACUUCCCUUACCCAAGGAAUUGUAGCAUUUAGACAACAUCUUCAGAAUCUUGCUAGAACCAAAGGAAUUCUGGAGUUGAACAAAGUGCAAUUACUCUAUGAACAAAUAGGAUCAGAGGCAGACUCUAACUUAACAUCAGCUGCUCCUCAGCUCCAAGACCUGUCGAGCAGCUGCCCUCAGGAGGAAGUCUCUCAGCAGCAGGAAAGUGUCUCCACACUCUCAGCCAGCAUGCAUCCUCAACUUUCUCCGCAGCAGAGCUUAGAAACCCAGUACCUACAGCAUCGACUCCAGAAGCCUAAUCUUCUGCCAAAGGCCCAGAAUACUUGUCCAAUAUAUUGUAAAGAACCACCUCGGAGCCUGGAACAGCAGCUACAGGAACAUAGGCUCCAACAGAAGCGACUCUUCCUCCAGAAGCAGUCUCAGCUGCAAGCAUAUUUUAAUCAGAUGCAGAUAGCAGAGAGCUCCUACCCUCGACCAAGUCAGCCGCUGGCUCUUCCCCACCAGGAGACUCCACCGCCAACCCAGCAGUCCCCACCAUUCAGCCUGACCCAGCCCCUGAGCCCGGUCCUGGAGCCCUCUUCUGAGCAGAUGCAAUUUAGCCCUUACCUCAGCCAAUACCCGGAGAUGCAGUUGCAGCCCCUGCCCUCCACACCCAGCCCCCGGGCUCCACAUCCCUUACCCUCACAAUUGCAGCAGCCACCCCCACCACCUCCUCCUCCUCCACCUCAGCAGCCAGGAGCUGCGCCAGCCCCCUUACAGUUCUCCUAUCAGACUUGUGAGCUGCCAAGCACCACCUCCUCUGCACCAGACUAUCCUGCUCCCUGUCACUAUCCCGUGGAUGGAGCCCAGCAGAGCAACCUCACAGGCGCGGACUGUUCCAGGAGCUCAGGACUUCAGGAGACCCCAUCUAGCUACGACCCUCUGGCCCUCUCUGAGCUCCCUGGACUCUUUGAUUGUGAAAUGCUAGAAGCUGUGGAUCCACAACACAAUGGAUUGAAAAUGGGGGCCGCUCAUUUCAGGACUGCAGGAACUGCACCGCUACAGUUUGGCAUAAACCCCUGCCCCCGACAGGGCUGUGAGCUGCUCAGCCCAGGAGACCUAGCAGCUAUGGCAGGACAGUUAGGCGACAGAUGAGGGACUACGGAGAGGCUGUCAGAAGGUUACAGGCUGCAGAGACAAGCUGGGAGCAGCCAUCAACAGCCAGCCUGUCAGGCACUGACACACAGAGCGGAGGUGAGGACAGUCGCCUGGUGAAGAACACGAACCGUCGUGCUGGAUCCUGUCGUAAGCUCCCGUUUGCUCCUCUCCCUUCUUUGAAGUAGAAAUCCCUAAUUCCAUGGCUACCUUUAUGACCUGAGAUGGAAGCUGGUGAGAGCAGAUGGGCUCUGCUGGUCAGCUCACCUGAUUGCUUCUGCUGCUGUCCCCCAACUAGUGACCAUAGAAGCUUCCAAGCCGUUUCUCCUCCCAAGUACUAAAGUAACACUAAGAAGGCUGAGGCCCACUCUGGCUGAGGCAGCUCUGAAAUACUGACAUGCUCGCCUGUCGGUUCACAUCAGCAGUGUGUACACUACUGUAUAGUAACCCUUAGCUUUGUUGUCUUGUAAGCCAGCCUCUCCAAAAAGACUGGUGAUUCAAACAUGAGGUAAAGUUUUCAUUCGGCAAAAAGUGCAAUAUGUGUGGUACUUUUUUAUUUUUGUUUAUGGUCUCUUGUUAUCCAGGUAUCACUCUCUGCUUUGGGGGAAAUGCAUUAGUUCUGCAGUCUCCAGUUGGGCAAGUGUGUCUCAAGUAUUUACAUGCAACUGACAUGCUGGUCCCUAUAAGGCAAAUAGAGGGUGUUAAUGCAACAGGAAGACAACAGGUUGUGGGCUCCCAUUCCUCUAUUCCCAGGGAGCUACCUGACCAGUGCCAGCCCUCACCCUCCCCUGAGUGGGCCUUCCUGAGCUGCCUUCCUGCCACCUUGGGAACAAACCCCAUGGGAAACAAUGAGGACCCAGGAAGCGCCUUUGGGACUGAUGUGAGGCAUAGAUGCUACUUUGAGCAAAGCCCUUUCUUUUGCUUUUUGUCCUAGGAAAAAGAAAGCCAGGGUCCUGCUGGCCUGUGAUGGCGCAUGCCUUUAAUCCCAGCACUCGGGAGGCAGCGGCUGUAACAUUAGAAAGCCAGGGUCUCCCUGUCUCAGAAAUCAAGAUCAGAAGUGCUUAAAUCCUGAACUGGUGUCAGGGAGGUAGGACUUCAGCCUUUGCCUGCCACACCCCCUCCUAAGUUAUAUAAUUGAGUCUUCACUGUUACAGGGCCCCUACCCCAUACCCCCAGUCAACCCAGCCCGUGGAGCGACACCCUCUGCCUUGCCCCAGAACUCCAAUCACUAGGGCACUCAGCAAGGACUCACCAUAGGCCUCUCUACCUCUACCAUUAUACCUAAGGCAGGGAUACUAAGACUGGGGAAAGGAGUGUGUUCUCAGCUGGAAAGUGACACAGGGAUGAGCCAGACGCUGAAGGAACCCAGAAAGCAGCAGCUUCUAAGCAGGCUGGUCUAGGGCCCCAGGUGUGGCAGCAGCUCAGGACAUGGGGACUCAGUAGGCUCUCCUUCCUCUGUGGGGUUCUUUAGCCUCUCAACAAGCCAGCUUAAAAAUAUGAGGACCAGUCUCUGCUGUGCAUUACACUUUUACACUCACGUCAACAGUGACUUAGGCUCUCUACUGGUUUAAAGAAAAUUCACAGUCAGGUGCCGUUUUCACAUUCCUCCUCCUCUAGAAACAAUAUGUAGUGUCAUUGGAUGACACUGAUCCCACUGGGCAGUUGCAGAGUCCCUGUGCCAGGGCUGACCUUUGCUGCGUUUGUACCCCUAAGCUGGGCUGCCUCUACUGCCUCCUCGGAAGCCACCUGAGCCGCUCGGUCUCUCUGUGCCUAGACAUCAAAGGUAAAAACUGGAGAACAGGUAGUAAGUUGGAGUCACUGCCCAGGCAGGGAUCUUUAUCAUUUUGUUGCUUCUGGAAAUUUUUUACAGAACUUACCUUCAGAGUGAUUUGUGGGAGACAAAAGCAGUAUCAUCAGGCUGUUUCAACACUGAACAAAAACACUUCAUUGCUUACACACUUACACACACACACACACACACACACACACACACACACACACACACCUUCCCUGGCUGGGGGUCCCAGAGAAGUGAGAACCUCCAUGGCUUUGCCACCUGCCCUCUGUGGCAAAUGGAAUGAGACAAUGACCCUUAAAGGGUCCUUUUGGCCCUAAAGUCUCUGAUCUCCCAACAUCUUCUCAAUUGUUUAGCCAUUUUUACCCAGAUACAUCAGCCUAGUUGAUUCUAGACGACUCCCAGCCUUCAUAAUUGCAGCCACAUCUAUGUCCACAUUACACGUGAACAGAUUUGGGUCAUGUGGCUGCGUGGGUUGACAAACAAGAAUAUUGCCCAGCAGCGUAACCAAGGGUGGUUCCUACAGGGCCCGCCCUCUCUCUCCAUCUUCACAGCAGCACACCAAGCACUUUUCACACGCUCUCCCACAACCCUCACAUCAGUCCUCUGUGAAAUUAGCAAGAGAUAUGCUCUGUGUUUCUCACAGCCGAGGAAAGCAGUGCUCUCAGAGGAUACAUGGCUUAGCUGAGGUCACAGCUCAGAAGUGGUAGCCGAGACAAGCACCUCUGUUGCCUGCCUUCUGGCUUUGCUCCUUGUUGGAGUCCUGUCCCACAGCCCUCCCCUUCAGUAGCACAUCUUUUCAUGAGCAGACAGCCAUGUAAACAAGGCCCUGUCCAGAUGGCUGCACCGUCCACCUGACAGCUGCCUGGGGUUAAAUGCCCACUGCAGUUACCCAGGUGACUGCACUCGACAAGGAGGGGACACACAGACACCACAGAUUGGCCAUCUUGCUAGCCAAUAAACCUCAGAAAUUUAGGUUUGAAUUAAGGAGGUUUGUUUAUUCAAGGUUAUGUAAUCCGGUGCUUUUUCGGUAUAUAUUGGAAGGACACACUCCUCCCUGAUUGACAGAGGGCUUCCUUAGUCAACAGUCAACCCCAGAGAAGAUGGCUGCCCAGAGAAUUGUGAACUCAACCUUUAUCCUAAAGGGAUGGCAUGUAGAACAUUUCUUUCUUUCCUUUUUUCUUUCUUUCCUUUACUCCCUUCCUUCCUUUCUUCUUUUAAAUGGUCUUUUGAAACAUAGUCUCACUAUGUAGCUCUGACUGCCCUAGAAGAUCCUGGGUUACUCUGUAGACCAGGCUGGCCUGGAACUGGGAGAUCUGCCUGCCUCUGCCUCCAAGUGCUGGAAUUAAAGGUGUGUGGCACUACCACCCACACGUUUCUUUACAAUUAAGUCCUGACAAGUAGGAAGGCUUAUAAAACACUUUGAGGAUUGCAAAAUGGUAACACGCUUUGAUGAUGGCAUGCUAGGUCUUUUCAGAACCAAAAUGGGUGAGUAGGGGUAACUUUAAAAAUAGAAAUGCAAACAACACCCUCGUGGAGACCGUCAUGUUCCAUUAGCAAGUGCAGAUAUCUGAUACCUGCAUGCCCAGAGUUUGCUCACAAGAAAAUUCAAGUGGUUAAAUAUUCCCAGUAUCCAUGGUUAAAAAUAAGGCCUCUACCAGACUCUGUGAAGGAGAAAGCAGCAGAAGAAAAAGAGAUAGGAUGCUGGCUUGCCUUUGGGACUGCAGUGUUUAAGAAUGAAAGUAAGUGGUAGAGAUUACUUGCACUUUGUAGAAAGGUAAGGCCAUUUGCUUAUUGCAGAAAGGAAGGGAGUGGUCUUGCUGGAUUCAGUUUGGUCUGUGAGUUACUUUCGAUAACUUUAACCUGAUUGUAGUUUUUUUUUCCUGUGUGCUUUUUAAUUACUAAGAAAAAAAUUGGUGACUUUGAUAGCUUUGGUAUUUUGAGUGCAAAUCCUAAUAGCUCCACUGUGGAAAAUCAAAGUGUAACCUGCCACUCAGUGUUAGAAAAUUGCCUAAAAUGCAGUUUAAUAAAUGAUCUUUGUACCAAAUGGUAAUUUAAGUGGAGUAAUUUUCUGCAAGGAAAAUGUUCUGUCUUUAUGUUUCCAACCCUCCUGAAUUAAAAUAAAAAACACCUUGUUUUCUAAAA